CUCUUGCCCGCCUUGUUCAGGCCAGAUCCCCUCUGAACCGUCUUCCCUGUCCAAGACGGCAGACGUAGGACUUCUCGACUCUUUCACGUCAAGCCAGAGAACUACGUAUCCAUGCCUUUCUUCAAGUCCUCGAACAAGUCUCACAGCUCGAUUGAAGAUAUCCGCACCGAGCAUCCACAUCAACAUCCCCAUCACCAGCCUCACCCUAGCGCAUCUUACGAUUUCGAUCCCAACCCUGACCGCUACAACCAACAGCCCCAGCUCGACGACGACUAUCAAUUCCAGCACCCUCAGUCUCAGGCUCAGGCCCAGCCUCAACCUCAUAGCCACUUGUCUCGCAGUCAGUCAGUCUCGGCCGGCGAGGUGUAUGGCGCUCAGCGACCAAGUGUGACCCUUGUACCCCCACCACCGCAACAGUCGGGCAUCCCUGAAGGACCACCACCGGUCCCAGGCCAAACAUUUUUCGGUCAAUCAAAGUCUGCUCGCAUUGAACGUGACGAAAAGCAAAAGAAGAGUAAGAGGAGUUUCAUAUCUGGACUUAUUAAGGAUAAGUCCAAGGACGAAGACAAGGACCGCGACAGGGAGAAAGGCACUGCUCCCGAGCGCAAAGGCAUCGGUCGCUCAAGCUCUGUGCACCUACUGAGGAAAUCACAGCCAGUUGACCAGAGCACACGAGAGUCUUAUUCACAGCAGACCUCGCCCAUCGACCAGAGCAGGCAUUCGGUAUAUUACCCUCACGUUGAUACCACCCCGGGAUCUUCUUCUGAGCAGCCUCAGUAUAUACGAAAUUUUGACUCCCCUCAGAGCCAUACGACCCAUUACUCGAUUGAUUACGAAGAAGACGCUCCUCAUUUUACCCCGGACCGUGAGCAACAACAGCAGUACCAGGCAUAUCAUCAAUCCGAGUCAGCGAGCAAUUCUGAACAGUAUCUUCCUUACCAAAGCCAGGUCCAGCGCCCGCGAGUGACUAACAUCGAGGCCGAUCAAUACAGACACCUGCGACCGCCGUCGCAAGCAUCCCUAGGCCCGCCAUCACCCACUGCCAAUCCCCCACACCCUCAAGGAUUUCAAGACUCCCGGCCCUCAACAUCUGCUACUAGCAGAUAUUCUGUGCGACUCGGGCCACAAGGUCCGCAGCAGCAACAGCAGGUAAUGGCAGGGGGUGAGGCACGAAACGGAAGCCUUCGCCAGCAACUUGCGCAACGUGACGCUCGCACUGAAGAUCAUAGUCAGGGGCAGUACCAGAGCUCCCAGGAUCCAAGAGUCAGAAUGUCACAACAAGGCUCUGAACAAGGCAGAAGCACCCCUCCCCCCAGAAGCAGAGAAGACAUCAGUCAACUGGACUACCAUCAGCUUCUUCAACGCCAUGAAGAGUUGCAAGCCAAAUAUUCCAAAGUCAAACGCUACUAUUUUGAGCGCGAAGCUCAAGUAACUCAACUACAAAACACAGUUGCAAAUCAGCGCAUGUCCAUGACAAGAACCUCACUGGAUGAUGCUCAGUAUACAGCCAGGUUCGAACGUUUAAGUCAGGCCAUCAACAAUUUGGCGUUCAAUAUCCGUAAAAACUGGCGUGCGGUCCCGCCAUGGCUUCGACAUGUUUGCAACCAAGACGCGCAUUCAAUUGGUACAAAGGAGAUGACAGCUGUCGGACGGGCUUGCAUCACUCGGUGGUUAUACGAAAGCAUAUUUGAACAUACAUUCCAUCCUGGGAUUGAUCCAACGCUUUCAGCUCAUCUGAAGAGUAUUGAACGCGCGCUUCGUCGUUCUGGCCAAGGCGGGAUGCUUUUCACUGACGAGCAGCGAGAUGACCUUAUUACCAAGCUCACUACUUGGAGACUGACAACGAUUGAAGGUCUUCAAGGAAUUCUUGCCUCGCCACAAUCCGAGCAAUACAUUGAAAACCUCAACAAGAGAUUUACUCACCAGCUUACUGACUCAUUAAAGGCCAAUCUCACAGAUCCUCCUCCUGUGGGCCUGAGUGAAGGCGUGGGCAUGAUUGUUAGCCAAGCAGUUGGUAUUGCGGCCAACAUCCCUCUCGAAUCUCGGGACAUCUGCAUUGAGUAUUUCAUGCCCGGCACGCCCGUGAAUGAAAUGUACAUGAAGGUUGAACCUCAAAUGACACCAUUGACCAAUCCCGGUCAGGACGAGCGCAUUCUGGCAAUGCAAGCAGCUCAGGCGCAGCAGCAGGGGCUACAUGAGGGCCAUGAUGGUGAUGGUAUGAGCACAGCGAGUGCAGAUGAAACAAGUCGAGAACGUGAUGUCGAAGCCGAGAUUCGUGAGGCAGCAGGAAAAGCAGCCUCACAACAAUCUCAAGGUCGCUCUGAAAGCAUUGCUACCCAAGGUGGCCAGACAACGGCGAAGAACCCGGACAAGCAAUCUAAGAAAUCGAGCUUUCUUGGGGGUAUCGUCGGCAAAAAAGGCCCAAUAUCUCGGGCAGACAGCAGAGCCACAGAAUCCAUGUCUAACAACGGCGGUGAGGAUCAGCGUGGCAAUGCUAGAGAUAGUAUGGCUGUUGAUCCGUCCCAACUAGCCCCUAUACCAGGUGCAAAUGAAGGACGUAUUCGGUUCGCAGCGUUCCUUGCCGUGGAGGUUAGAGGCAAAGGCCCGAAUUCCACUACUUCUGCUUCGGGAGGUAAUUCCGGCAAAGAGCCCGGGUCUGCUGCAGGCGGUGGCGUUAGGGAGUCAGCUGUGAAUGUCUUGUUCAAGGCCCCUGUCUAUGAGUAUUGAAGAAACCAGGGCCCGGGAUGCUAAUGCAGUGUCGCUGGCCCCUGUCACCCGGUCAGUCAGCAAUUCAGCGUUUUGAGCAUGUUGAGCAUUUUGAAGUUGGCGGAACCGUUGGAGCGAAAGGUCACACCGUGAAUGGGCUGGAUAAUACCUGUUGCUGACUGAUAAUGAUGAUUUUGGAUGGAUAGAAGAUCUGGCGACCUUUUUCUUUCGCAAUGUUGGAAUAUAUCCGUUGAUACACCGUAAAGAGGAUCCCAUGCUAUUUCCGAGUAGUCGGCA